CCACUCCGACCCACCACCAACUCCUCCACCCACUCCACCUCCAACUCCUCCACCACUCCACCCCCAACACCACCACCAAGCGUUGAACCAACUCCGCCGCCGACCCCUCCACCAACACCACCUCCUACACCACCACCGACUCCACCACCAACUCCUGCUCCUUCAGCUAUGCCAAGUGCCGCACCAUCACCAGAGCCUCCUUGCAUCUUCGAUAUGGACAUUGAUUGUGUACCUCCUGUAGGAUCGUCUUCGUGUAACGCAACCCCUCCACCAGUAGAACAGUGCACUGGAAGGCCCUUUGAAAUGGUGUUCUUGUACAAUGGUGGUGAUUGUACCCAGAGCUACAAUGUUCAAGCAGAAGGAGACAAGUUUACUUGUCAAGAUUUUGAUGGGGGUCCACCAAUUGAUCGAGGCGAGAAGUCGUUCAUUGUUGUUACUGCCCUAAAAGAUGACAUUUUGUACCACAGUGAUUGGGUUGGUGUGGGAGAACUUUUCACUCUCAGUGAUGGAGGUGAAAACUUUGUGGCAGAUCAGCUCGUCACUAUUUACAGGGAUAGCAACACCGCAGAUCCUUCAAAUAUUCUGCAAUCUAUCCGAUACCACAGCUCUUGCUCGCAAAACUUGUUCCUGAAGGAUAGAUUUGGUGCUGUUCAGUUGGUGAUCUGGGUCAAUGAAGACCAGGGAACUGUCUCAUGUUUUGCUAACCAAACAUUCAACCUUGAUAUCACUGUGCCCAUUGACAUUGAAGGUGGCCCUGCUACAGUCCAGAGUCUCACAGUGGCCUCAAAUGUGGAUCCAUUCUUCUUCAACCUCACAGACAAGGUGUUUGGCAUUCAGGUCAAUGCAGGUGACACACUUGAGACAAGUUUGUCAAUUCCCAUUGAUCUCACACAGAAGAGGACCUACAACCUCCUGAUCACACUCAGUGCUGUCACCUCCACAGGAAAAGAAUGCCGAGCUACAGAGUUGACAAGUUUCACUGCAGGAUAUCCACUACCCCCAAUCUUCCCCACGUUCGCCCCCACAAAUGCGCCAACGGGUUUUCCUUUCUAGAUGUUGAUGAAGAUGUCUAUUUGUUGACACAACCAAGAAAAAUGAACACUUGCAGUCUAUCAUGUUAUGUUAUGGGGAGAAGGGGGCCCCCAGCUGCAAGGCGAAUGAUUAGAAAAAAAUAAAGGAAAAAAGUAAUGUCUAAUGCAAAACACUUAUAUCACUCAA